AUGGCAUUCCUACAUCAUCAAUCAUGUGAGUGUGUGAAAUCUGAAUUGGACUUGUUUACGCUACCCGCAACACAAACUAGUAUUGAGAAUGGCAAAUGGGUUCAAUACAAACCAAUCUCCUCGUUAACAGAUGAUUCACCCAUAGAGUUUGUAGUGCCCGGUCAUGGUGAUGAAUACUCUGACUUGUCAAAUACAAUGCUAAAUAUCAAAGCAUGUAUUGUAAAACCUGAUGGUACAAAACUAGACCCAUUGGUUGAUACAUCAAUUGGUCCAGCAAAUAAUUGGUUACACUCAAUGUUCAGUCAAGUGGACUUGUAUGUAAACCAAAAAUUGGUUUCACCACAAAACAAUACUUACGCUUACCGUUCGUACAUUGAAACACUACUCAACUAUGAUGAAAGUGCUAAAGACUCACAUCUAUCCUGUGCUCUGUGGUAUGAUGACAAGUCUGGUGAAAUGGAUGAUUGUGAAAGUAAAAAUACAGGUUUGGAAAAUCGCAGAUAUUUUACAAAGUCAAGCAAUGUUGUAGAUAUGGUUGGUCAUUAA